CGCUGCUCUGAUCUCAGGCCCCGCCUACCCGGAUCUCCCGGAUGUAGACCCUAUUCCCUUCCGGUCGGGGUCAGUCUUGUGCUUCCGGGUAACGGGGACGCUGGAAGCUAAGGUGGGGAGGCCGAGGUGGGACGUGGGCCGUGAUAUGGAUAACAGACGUGAUGAGAAAUGUGGAACACCAUGCGCUACAUCACAAGAAGAGAUGAAAGUCAGAGGGAAAGACAAGAGAAAGCGAAAACGCAGCAGAAGCAGAUCAUCAUCCAUUUCAUCAACAUCAUCUGCUAGCACUACUACUACAUCCUCCUCAUGCUCUUCAUCAAGGUCUUCCUCCUCUUCAAGCAGCAGAAGCAGUUCAAGUGGCAGAGAUUCUCCCAAGUCUAAAUCAAAGAAAAGGAAAAAAGAAAAACGCAACAAAAAGAAGAGGAAAAAAGAGAACAAGCUGAAGAAAAAGAAAGAAAAGAAAAAAAAGAGAGAGAAAUCAGGACCGGUCCAGCUUUCCAAGUACCUUAAAGACAAAAAGAAGACUGAAAACUACAGUAUGAUAACAGGAAAAAAAAUUAAGAUGAAAAUAAAGAAGAGUAAAAAGGAUAAAGAGAGAGACCGAAACCGUGCUGAACUCCUUGAUUUCCUAAACUCUGCCUUGUAAUGGAAAGAGUGCCGAGCAAGGACUUGUAAAUCUCCCAAGCCAACCGGUCAUCAUGCCUAGCAAAACACAAAGGAAACUCAGGGAAAAGGGCACCAUUUGUGACAAGACCAGGCUCUUAUGCUGUGAAGACAAUCAGUGUCCUUUAUAAUUGGCAAAAUGAAGAGUUACUGCUAACUUGUUUAUUAAUAUCCAUGUCCUCCUUUUGAGAUCCUAAAGUAAUAUCCAAGUUGCAAUGUUGUAUGAGUGCUUAAAAUCUGUUGCUGAUGAUGAUCUGAAGUGAAAUGAUAUUAUUGUACUCCAGCGUAUCAAAUACAUCCCAGAGCUGCAUGCAGAGCACACUCUUAAUUUCAAAUGUCUGUAAUGUUUGCAAUAGCUGAAACAAAGCAGAGUACUUGUAGGUCAUCUGCUUGAAAAAUUAGGUGUUCCUGUAUAUAUCUUCCUUAGUAGUGAUUUUAUUUGUUUUAAAGACGACGAUGACUCUUUGUGAAUAGUACAUCUACAGAAAUGAAUAUCUUUUUUAACAGUCAUUCUUCAAUAUGUUGCUUUCUCAAAAAGUUUGAGACUCGAGCCUUCUCACAGGUGUUUAUUACCAUUUGUCAAAGCUUGGUAACAAAUUUAUAAUUAAAAUAUUCUAGAGUAAUAAAAA